ACAGUGUCAGCCAUAAACGUAAAACCCUAACUUUCAGUGGCAUCAAACUUAAUCAAUACCAGAGACUAUGAGUUGGAGAAUUUUAGUUUUCAAUUCCAGGAGCACAAUCAACAAACUCAAUGCAAUCUUACAAUCCCCAUUUUCCAUAAAAACACUUGCCACUUUUCCUUCUUCUCACUUAACUCGCGUCUCGCCUUUCACCAGGCACCUUCAUUCGGGUCAACUCAGCAACUCGCUCAUUGACCCAAAACUCCAUUACCAGCAAAACGACGACGUUAAUGAUGAUGGUACGACGAACGAGUUCUUGUCGCGCUUCGUGUGGAUAAUGCGCAAGAAAGUGAGGGAAGCGUACCCGAAUUCUGAUAAACCCACCGUUGAUGGCAUGCUUCUCGUCAUCGUUGAAAGUGUUGUGUCCGAAAUGGAAAAGGGCAGCAUCGGUUCAAAUACGUCGUCGUUUCCUUUGGGGGAUUUCAGUGAGGACUUGUGGAGGACGGUGUGGGAGGUUAGCAACAAGGUUUUGGAAGACAUGAAAAAGGAGAGGAAGAAGGAGAAAUUGAAGGGUUUCUUGCAGUGUGAAGAAGUGAAAGAGAUGUGCAGGUUUGCUGGUGAAGUUGGCAUUCGUGGGGAUUUGCUCAGAGAGCUUAGGUUCAAAUGGGCACGUGAGAAAAUGGAGGAACAAGAGUUCUAUGAAGGUUUGGAGCGCAUAAGGAGAGAGGCGCAAACUGAAGAAAAAGAACACGAGGGAACAGAGAGCAAGGGUUUUGAUGUUACUGAGGAGAAGGCUAAGGUUGUUACACUUCCCAAGAGGAGAGGGAAGAUAAGGUACAAGAUUUAUGGGCUUGAUCUCUCUGAUCCUAAGUGGGCACAAGUGGCUGAUAGGAUCCAUGAGGCAGAACAAGUGUUUUGGUCACAGGAGGCAAAGCCAAUAACUGGGAAAUGCAAACUUGUUACUGAGAAAAUUAUGUCAUUGAAGGAGGAGGAUGAUAACUUGUCAACACUGUUGGCUGAGUGGAUAGAGCUUCUACAACCAAGCAGGGUAGAUUGGAUCAAUUUACUUGACAGAUUGAAAAUGCAGAAUCCUCCUUUGUACUUCAAGGUGGCAGAAAUGGUAUUGACUGAAGAUUCUUUCCAAACAAAUGUAUCUGACUACUCUAGGCUUAUUGAUAUCUAUGCUAAAGCAAACCAAUUUGAUGAUGCUGAGAGGAUCCUUAAGAAGAUGAACGAAAAUGGUAUUCUACCGGACGCUUCAACAGCCAGUGCCUUGGUCCAAAUGUACAGCAAGGGAGGCAAUCUUGAGCGUGCAAAAGAAACAUUUAAAAUCUUGACGAGCCAGGGCUUCCAACCAGACAUAAAAGUCUACAACUCAAUGAUUAUGGCCUAUGUAAAUGCUGGCGAACCUAAGCUGGGUGUGUCUUUAACAAGGGAGAUGGAGACAAGAGAUAUUAAGCCCACAAAGGAAAUAUACAUGGCAUUGCUCCGAUCUUUUUCUCAACGUGGUGAUGUUAAUAACGUUGCACAAAUUUCAUCAACUAUGCAAUUUGCAGGAUUCCAGCAGAGUAUGGAGACAUGCACCCUGCUUAUUGAGGCACAUGCAAAUGCAGGUGACCCGGAUCAGGCAAGAAUCAAUUUUGACUACAUGAUAAAAUUAGGGCAUAAGCCUGAUGAUAGGUGCACUGCUAGCAUGAUUGCUGCUUAUGAGAAGAAAAACUUAUUGGACAAGGCAUUAAAUCUUCUUUUGGAGCUAGAGAAUGAUGGGUUUGAGCCCGGGGUUGCCACUUAUUCUGUUCUUGUGGACUGGUUCGGUAAGUUGCAGCUUGUUGAUGAGGCUGAACAGAUUAUAGGAAAAAUUUCCGUGCAGGGUGAGGCUCCUCCUUUUAAGGUUCAAGUGAGUCUAUGUGAUAUGUAUGCAAGGGCUGGAAAUGAGAAAAAGACCCUUCAAACUCUGGGCGUUCUGGAAGCUAGGAAGGAUGAAUUAGGACCAGCUGAAUUUGAGAGAAUUAUAUCCAGCCUUAUUGCUGGUGGGUUUGAGCAGGAUGCACGAAGAAUAUAUGGGGUCAUGGAAGCACAGGGUUUCACUGCAUCGAAUUCGCUUUGGAGGGCCCUUUUUACACCUGGCCCCAAAACACCAACUGUGAGAUAGUUUAAUGGUCAUGAGAAGUACCAUUUAGUUUUUCUCUGCCCAGUGACCCACAAAUGCACUGCCUUAUGAAGCCAUAAUCUGCUGGAUUGGCCAUGCCAUGUAACCAAUAAAGGAUUUAGUUUAUUCUUGUUAAGUUGUUAGUUUCUCAAUUGUAUCAUGUCAAUGAAAUUUGCCAUCUUGUUUGCAACUGUUCAGAUCACUAAUUUACUUCUCUUAAUUAUUCUUUUUAACU